UCUGAUUGUAUUAUCAUUUCAGUCCGCGCUGUUACCUCACUGCAUCAAGCAAUGUCACGGAAUGGCUUAUACAAAAUCAUAUAUUUUUUCGGAAUUAUACAAAUAAGUGAACUUGCCUGGUUACGAUGCUAUAAGGGCUCGAUUGACAACUACGUCGUCGCCAAGUUAGAAGAGCCAAUCCCUUUAUCAAACUCGAGUUGCUUCAAUCGCGACCUACCUACAGUUGUCUACACGUUUGGGUACAGAGGAAGAACGGAUGGACCGGCUACCACGGCCGUUCUCAACGCUUACAUAGCCACAAAUAAACGGAACGUUCUUUUAUUGGAUUGGGAGAAUGAAGCUCGGAGUGGAGUCUUGGGCAUACCGCUGGGAUACGUCAUGUACGCUUUGCCGAACAGUAAACGGGUUGGUCAGCAAUUGGGAAGUGCCCUAUUAAAUAUGCACAAAGCAGGCUUCUCUUUGAGACAGUUCCAUCUGAUCGGACAUUCGCUUGGAGCACACCUAUUAGGGUACACGGGAAGAUGGAUUCGAGAGCAUGGACAAGUUAUACCAAGAAUAACAGGAUUAGAUCCAGCAAGAUCGAUGUUCGAAGGAUUCUUCGCUAUUCAGACGGGACUCGACAAAACUUGUGCGAAGUUCGUAGAUAUUAUUCAUUCAAAUCCCGGGAACUACGGAACGACGCAGUCUACAGGAACGGUGGAUAUUUGGCCAAAUUACUCGCCAUCAGACGGCAUGCAACCAGGAUGCCCAGGUGGAAAGCAUGAAAUGUUUAGUAUGGAGGAUCUCUGCAGCCACAACCGAGCCUGGAUGUUACUUGUUGAAUCUUUAAGAAACGGAACAGCAUUUCCGACAGCAGCCGCCGAAUCUUAUGAGCAAUGGCUUGCAGCAGACCAUUACACCAAUGUCAGCACAUAUUUGGGCGAUUUGGUCAACACAAGAGCUCAUGGAGAUUUUUACUUAUCAACAAACGCAGAAUCGCCCUUCAGUAGAGGCCUAGAAGGUUUGAAGCCAGAAUACCGAACGAGGGUAGAACGACAACCGGCAACCUCGGAUAUAACACAGUACUUGAAGCUAAGAUAAAUAUUUUUAUGUAGAUAAUCGCUACUGUAAUCCAGUUAAACCAUGUCCAAUUUACGUGAAAAAAACAUGUAUGCAAUUUACAGGUGGUAGAAGUGAAACCUUCAAAAAUUUUGCCUUCGAGAUGGUCAGCACUUGUAUAAUAAUUGUAACAUGUGCAUUGUGCUUGAACCUCUAAACUGCAUAUGAAGUCCUGGUACAUGUUGCUAGUAUAACACAUGAUUUCAACCGCUAUGUAAGACAUUACUACCACCGCUACCAUGUUUAUGUUCUCCUGUGUCUAUGUAGUAAUAGAUUGUGCGCACGACGCUACGUCUGAAUAUAUUAAGGUGUAUACCUCUAAAUCUAAUCUCUUCUUCGACUAUGAUCGCCUUGUACCAAAACUUUGUAUAAUGCUGAAUACCUCAUUUUCUCCCACGUUAAAUCUUAUGAAUUUAUAUUUUCUGUCUCUUUUUACAGUCGCUUUUUUGUUUCAUCGACUUUCAAAUUACAACGAUGCUAAAUGAUGAACUUUUCACUUCAAAAAGCCGAACGGUUGUUUGUUGACCAACUUCAAAAAGGAGGAAAUAGUUUCUAGUUAAGUAACUUUCGCGCGUUGCAACAGAUGGAAUCUUGAGUGACGUCAGCAGUACUUAAUUUGCAAACAGUAGAUAGAUACUUUUUAUUAGUUUUUAAAAAAAAAAAGUAUCUGCAUAUAUCUGACGUCACUAAGAUGGCGGCCUAUCCCCGUCAUAACGCGCGGGGACUAUAUGUCAGAAGUCUGUCAUUUUUAAACGAUUUGCGAAGUGAAACUCUGCCUCUAUUGACAGGUUGAACGGAGAACUUUGUAUUUUUAAUUAGCAUAAGGUACUAUUUUACCUUAUCUUUCUCAAUUACCUUAAUAGUUAAUGAAGUAAUUUUUUAAUUUUAUUUGACGUACCCACAGAAAUAUUUUACAAUCAAGUAUGUAACUAUAAUGUAUGUUUAUUGUUUAAUGUGUAAGCUUAGAUAAUUUAUACGUCUAGAUAGAGCGUCUUGCUGUUAGGCAACGCAUGAUAGCAGGCAGGAUUGCUUUAGUAUGCAUGUCAAGCUACGUCUUUGAUCUUACACAAUAUGCGAAAUGUUACUAAUUUUGUUUUAGUGGGCCUGCGUUUCUUUAAAUAGAGGUUAACAGUUCGUCGCUAUUUUUUUCGAUGUGCUCAAGGCUGUCACAGUAUAGAUAUAUAAAUUAACUAAGUACGUGACGGUGACUAAAGAAAGCUAACGAACGCAAGAGAAAGACUGUGCGUGUACGGAUCACCGGAAGUGAGUUAAAGAGAGCUACACUCGGAAGUUAACUCUGGAGGCUUUAGCUACGCUCAUACGAUCUCAUAGCUACGAUCUAAAAUGACACCUAUGACGUAACAAACAUUUAUUGUCUAAGUGGAUAAUCUUCCAUUACAAAACCUCGAACUAAUGUUUUCAUACAAAUUUCAACGUACCUAAGUAACAAAUUCAAAUAAUUUUAAUGAUUAGGCACUGACCUGUUUAAAUACCACUGGACAGGCUGUUCCAUAUGUUUGACAGCAAAUUUUUUGUGCCCAUUUGAAGCGCCACUCGCGAGCGUUCAGAGAACUAAUGUUGACGUAUAAUAAAAAUGUCUGCGAAGGAACGUACAAUACUCUGAGGUAUUUUUGCAUUUUGAAAUAAUUUCACUCUUUUUCCGUGUUAUUUAUACUUCAGGAAUCAACGUAAUAAAGAGCACAUUUUUUUUGUAAAUAGUUUUCCUAUCGAUGUUUGUUUAGCUGACGCUGUCAUUAUUGGUUUUAGUACCGUAGACUCUCACUACAUGGCCAACAGCACCAAAAUGGCGAAUAUCAAACAGGCACAAAAGCACUUUGACAUAUUCAGUUAUUUCAAAAGAGAAAAAGGCUUGCUUUACUUCGACAUUUUGUGACAAACAACAACUAACAGGAGAUUUAUUUAUUAGUUCGUUUUCUCGCGAAACUCCAACUGAUAAUUAUUGACAGGCUAUUAAAUGGUAUUUGCAAAACUAAUAUCAAUCACUCGGAGCUCGCAGUUCCUUCAACCAACGUGAAUGUGCGCUAGGUUCAUAAUAUAACAUAUGAGGAUGAAAUGAAAUGAGGUGAUUCUAGAAAUGGAAUAAAUGUUUGAGAAGUCAUUACUUUCGUAUCAUCUCUAUCCCAUUUUUUGUCUGUGAUGAAAGUAAGAAGUUACCAGCCUCCCUUCUCCUAAAUGUUUUUAAUCUUCUUCGCUGAAACAUCUUCUCUAUCUAAAUAAUACUUAUUAUAAAGAAAUAUUAAGAAAAUAAUUGUAAUACCUUAAGAUAAUGUACAAUUAGGUAGAAUUUUAUUUUAGUAGGUAAUUAGAACUUUAGAAACGAAUUAUUAUGAAUAUAUUUAGACCAGACUUUUGCAUUUUUAUAAUUAUUAUUACAAUAAUUGCUGUAAUUGUAAUUUAAUUUUACAAUUAAACGUUAAAAUAUC